AUGGAAUCCCUGGUUGCAGCAAACACCAAAUUUUGCUUUGACUUUUUUCAAGAGAUAAGCAAACAAAAUUCUCAUAGAAACAUCUUUUUCUGUCCUCUGAGCCUCUCGGCUGCCCUUGGCAUGGUCCGCCUGGGAGCUCGACAUGACAGUGCUCAUCAGAUCGAUAAGGUACUGCACUUCAGUGAGUUUUGUCAGAAUGAAAGCAAAGAACCAGACCCCUGUCUGAAAAGCAACAAACCAGAAAUGGUGGCUGACAGCGGAGUAGAAGGGCAGAAAAAGGCGGCACAGUCUCUGACUCCGCAGGCCGAGGCUUCAAACCAUGAGAGAGGAGAACUCAGCUGCUACUUCGGGAAGCUCCUGUCCAAGGUGGACCGAAUUCCAGCUGAUUACACCCUCAGUAUCGCCAACAGACUCUACGGAGAGCAGGAAUUUCCCAUCUGCCCAGAAUACUUGGAUGGUGUUAUUCAAUUUUACCACACAACAAUGGAAAGUGUUGAUUUCCGGAAGGACACUGAAAAGUCCAGACAAGAGAUUAACUUCUGGGUUGAAUGUCAAUGUCAAGGUAAAAUCAGGGAGCUGUUCAGCAAGGACACUAUCGACAACACAACUGUGCUGGUGCUGGUGAAUGCUGUGUACUUCAAGGCCAAGUGGGAGAACUAUUUCGACUUUGAAAACACAGUGGAUGCACCUUUCUUUCUAAAUGAGAAUGAAAAGAAGAGUGUCAAGAUGAUGAACCAAAAGGGUCUAUUUAGAAUUGGCUUCAUUGAGGACCUCCAAGCCCAGAUCCUUGAAAUGAGAUACACUAAGGGGAAACUCAGCAUGUUCGUCCUACUGCCAUCUUCCUCAUCAGACAACGUGAAGGGUCUGGAAGAGCUUGAAAGGAAAAUGACCUAUGAAAAAAUAAUGUCCUGGACUACCUCUGAAAAUAUGUCAGAAGAAGCAGUAGCUCUCUCCUUCCCCCAGUUCACACUGGAAGACAGCUAUGAUCUCAAUUCUAUUCUACAAGACAUGGGCAUUGUGGAUAUCUUUGAUGAAACCAAGGCUGAUCUUACAGGAAUCUCUCCCAGCCCUAAUUUAUACCUGUCAAAGAUUGUCCACAAGACAGUUUUGGAGGUCAAUGAAGAUGGCACCCAGGCAUAUGCAGCCAGUGGCGCUGUUAGCAUGGCAAGAUCAAGGCCAUCCUAUGUGACAUUUAAUGCCAACCACCCUUUUCUCUUUUUCAUCAGGCACAAAAAAACCCAAACCCUUCUCUUUUAUGGCAAGGUCUACUGUCCUUGA